AGGCAAUUUGUAAACGUUGAGGUUGCCGUUAAAAUGGAGAAACUCGAUUCGCCCUGAUUGACGUUGAGCCUAUUCCCGAGGAUGAGUUUGGUAAAGGAGUGUCCUGCUUCCACUCCAGUCCAGCACCUUCAUGACACUACUCUCGCUGCGAAGGGGAAGAGGAAAAUGUGCGAAUCGGAGCCACCGUUGCCAUCUACUCCUCCCAAAUCCGCACCCCAUCCUCAUCUUUCUUCGCCUGGGACUUCGACGCCGUACAAUCACCGCCUUCUUCAAAGAAUGCAGACUGAUAAAUGCUUCCGAUGCGGCCAACAAGGUCAUUGGAUGCGUGACUGCCCUAUCAACUCUCAAAAUCUCAAAUGCAAAGGUCCCACCAGUGAAAAUUCCGAGAUUCCGAAGAUUUAUUGCCGUUGUGGUCAUGGGUUCUGUGAGGUCAGAAAGGUCACGAACGAUCGUAACUAUGGGAAAAGCUACUACGUCUGCCCCAUCAAAAGAGGGAAGAAAUGUAGAGGUUUUGUAGGAUGGUGCGAUGGUAAUGUUGAUAAGAGUGAUUUACAUCCUCCUCCAUAUAAAUACCCAACAUGUUCUUGUGGUGCGGGAGUGUGUCGGAAGGUGAAAGAGACAAGUGGUGAAAAUGCGGGUCGCUAUUUCUUUGCUUGCCCUAUCGAAGGGGACCACGGAGCUUGCAAUUACCAACUGUGGGAGGAUGCGUUGUUGGGUAAACCAAACAAUGCUCCUCUUCAGCCUGGUAGUCAGAAAACGCUUCAUGAUUUUUGGGACAAGGAGAGUCACCCACUUAAUGAAGACAAUGUAAACGACUUGGGUAUGGGUGCGGGUGCGGAUUCUCCUGGCAAAAGGAUGAGAUUAAUAGGUGAUUCUGAGCUUUUAGACGGAGAAGAUGAUGCGCUAAAGAAAGCGUCAAUAGAAGGAAGGCAUCGUGCAGAACUGGCAAGCCCUCCGAACCACCAUGUUGAUUUCCCGGAAUUUGAGGCUGCUGAAGAUCUUGAGGAUAUAGACAUGUUAAACUCAGUGUCUUGGGAAGCUAUUGAGGAGAAAGCAAGAUCAACAAUUCAUCUAUCAACAGCUUCCGGCAUCCGUGCUCUGCAGAGAGAAUUUGAAAAGCAAAUAUCUACUAAUGUUGAUUCAUUUUUUGCAAAUCCUUGUCCAAUGGGUUGGUUAGGCCGGCUUGUUUUCUUCCAUCCAACUCUAAGCUUGAAAUCCCCCCAACCCGGGCCAUUUUUCUGUUGUGUUUUUCCAUCUUUUAAUGCUAUUAUGGUUCCUACUCAAGAAAUUAGUCACGAUGAUGUUUCUGGCGAAUCUAAUCAGCUCGUAAUUAGCAACCCUGGGGAACAUGCGCACCUUUCUGCUAGUUGCCUUUCUGAGGCUUCUGGAAAUGCUGUUAGCACCAAUGUAUCACUUAGUAGUGAAAGAAAGCCCAGGUCCAAAGAACAAAGGCAAAAGCAGAUUGUAUUAAAUGCGCUGAAAGAUCUUCUCUGUGAACUUGAGUCCAUGAGUCGUCUUGACCAUGAGUCCAUGAGAAAGGCUGCAUAUGAUACUUUUGAUGUGUUGAAAACUCUACCAGUUGACUAUACAGAAUUUUCAGAAUAUGUUUGGGAGUUCAUCAAUUCUACAUCUUCCUUAGCUGAAGUGCAAAAUUCUGUUCAAAAUGGUCUUUCCCUCGAAAAGCAUAUUCAGCGUUUUGAGGAGGAGAAGCUGAGACUUGCUGACAUCCAUGACAACUUUGUCAAGACCAAGACUUUGCUUGAAGCGUCCCAGCAGCAUAGUCAAUCCCUUCGAGAGGAGGCCUCUCGACUCAAGGAGAUGCUUCAACGAGUAGAAUCCCAAUUAACCUCUUGCGAGCUGGAGACCAAGAAGAUGGAGACUCAUCUUGGCGAGAUCAACAUUAGCAUGUUGGAGGCUGAGAAAAGCUCGAAGAUUGCGGCUGAACAAGUAGAAACUGCAAGAAAACUUGAUCAGGAGAUAGAAGUAAAGCAACUUGCAGCCAAGACAGCACUGGAGAUGGCCAAAUUUGAACUAGACAAAUAGGGUUCUCUAUCUUAGUAGUUGUAGAAGGAGCGGAAAGAACGUGGGCAUAUUCAUGUGAUUAGCAGAAUGUGUCAGCAAAUGCUAGGUGAUGUAUCAAAAUAGUGAUGUUCUCUAUGCACAUUAUAACUUAUAAUUGGACCGCAGUGGUUGUCAUUAAGUAUGUGUGUAACUUGUGUUUUUCUUUUUUGUCUUGGAGUCUUGUCUGUAACAAAAGCAGCUUGCUGCGUGUGAAUAAUGGCUGACUCUUUUCUGCAAAAUUGUAACAUCAUCCUUGUAAUUAUUCCAGUGGUUCAUCUU